CCAACACACAAAAUAUGAUUUUUAACAUCAUUACCAUUUUAAGCAGUACCGUAUUUAAAAGAAUACGCAUAUUUUUUAUUUUAUUUAAUCACACCCUUUGAGCUAUGACGCCACCCAAUAAGAUCCUUCUCUUCAGUGUAAACGGAAGCGAACUGUAAACCAAGAACAAUUUCCACGUUAGCGGUUUUAGACAUUUAUUUACACCCUGGAACUCAGAAUAUGACUAAUGUAACUGCACAGCAUCACAUACGUACCCCAUGUACUGUUUAAUUCGCGUUCGACUUGGUUGAUAUAUGUUUAGGUAACGCUAGCUAGUAGCUGCUAACAAUGGCUAACUGUAUGGUUUUUCACACUCAAAUUGCCUCCAUUAUGGAGGUGCUAGCGAAUUCAGCUGUGGCUGAGAUUUGUAAACUCGUAGACGACGACUAUGCAGUGUUUCGUUUGGAAAUUACUCAAAGCCAGAAAGAAAACAGGGCAUUGCGGAGGAAACUACAGCUAGUGGAACUGAAGGUGGCACGGGAGCGCGUCCUCGCAAGUCGUCCCAGUAGUGUCAAGAUCCUCGAACGAUACAAAGGAAUGGCAAGAGGUGAAGGACAUCUCACUGGAGGCCACAGGAGCUUUGUGAAGCCAGCGUGGAGAGAUGACCAACCCUUAGCUAUAGAUGAGGGGAGUGGAACCUCAACUCAGCAGGUUAUCGUGAUAGAGUCUGCAGAUGCAGAGGCUGCAGGUCCUGGGGUUAAGCAGGAGACGUCUGAAGGAGAGGAGGACCCACGGCACAGCAGAGACAUCCAGACUGGAUCGACUGGAGCGCCCCCUAUAGCCACGGAGGACACCGCAACUGCCCCCGCGCCCCAGGCCAAGACUCGACGCAGCAUCACGGAGGAGGGUCCAGAGGUGCUGCUGGUGAAGGAGGAGGGUUGUGAGGAGGGUCUGGGGAACCCUGAGGGGACCAUGGUCAUGGAGGACAACCAGACUACACCUCCUCCUGAACCCACAGAGGAACCAGCUGAGCAGCACAGGACCACACACAGUCUCACUGAGUCAGUAGACAUGGAGGAUGGGAAGCCUGAUCUGCUGCUAGUCAAAGAGGAGACGAUAGAAGACGAACCAGAGAGCAUUGACCUGCUGAGUGGAUUAAAGAUGGGGGAGCACGGUGGUUGGCUGGAGGCUAACAGAGACUGGGCGGCCAUCUUGCAUUCCCAGACCCAGACGGGUGCAGCCAAGGGCCCCGGGGACGACAACAUUACUGAGCAAGACAGGACCAGCGGCGAUAUAGUGGAGGUCAGUGGAUGGGACAGCGUCCUCAACUCUGGGCUGGGGAACAACACUGUUAACCACAACCAGAAACAGACAGUGGAACACAAAACAACAACUGAACUUAGUCUCCACGACAACGGACUGGCUGAGACCAGGGCGAGGCGUAGAUUAGGUCUGCAUGGACGGGGUGGUGUUGGUAUGAGGCGGGAGAGAACAGACACAGACUCGUUUAGCGAUGCUCCGUCCUGCUCCUAUAGUUGUGAUUCAGAGAGACUGAUGGCGCCUCAGGUUAACCCCCUAACAGAUGCUGCCUUCAGCCUGCCUUCUAUAGGAUCUAUCAACUGGAACAUGGACCCUGUGACAACACAGACAUUCCCUGGCAUUCGUCCUCCUCACACUCUCCUUAUGUUAAACCAGACCUCAGACAAUGCCAGUGCCUCAAUACUAAAUGGCUACACAAGCCUAUUGACAAAUGACAGUAGUAGUAACGCUAUCAGUAGAUCCGGUGGCAAAGAGAAGCGCUUCCCGUGUUCAUUCUGUGGGAAAGCCUUCAAUUUCCCCAAACAGAUGGAGAUCCACCAGAGGAUGCACACAGGGGAGAAACCUUUUGGCUGCCACCUGUGUGAGAAAAGGUUCUCCCACCAGCACCACCUGAAGAGGCACAAGAGGGUCCACACAGGGGAGAAACCCUACAGCUGUCCCCAGUGUGAGAAGAGGUUCUCCCGCCAGGACCAGCUGAAGAUGCACCUGAAGGUCCACACUGGAGAGCACCUGUAACUACUGUGAGAAGAGGUUCUCAGAGAGGAGCUACUUCAGGAUGCACCAGCAGAAAAUGCACAUAUAUAGUGACAUGUAAUGUAGUACUAGUUAGUUUGUAAUUCAUUCUGCUGGUUUAGGAUGUAGUAGGGAAGUGGAUGAGGUGAACUGAGGAAAGAAUGAGUAUGAUGAUAUGCUGAUGGUGUCUGUAAAAAUGCUUCACUGAUGAAAAGUGACAACUAUGUCUUGUAGGGUGAUGCUGGUGUUUUAUAAUGAGGAAAUGAUAGUGCCUUAAUUCAUGUUUACUUCACAUGAAGAUGUGUGUAAUGUUGAAUCUUUUCCAAAGUAUUCUAAAAUACAUUUUAUCAAAGCGAGGGUACCAGAUUUACAGAAAGGGUGUUACCAUAGUGAGAAAAGUUAUUGUACUUGUCACGUAUCAUUUUGUGCAAUAAACAUACUGUACUUCACGUUAUGUGAGUGUUUGACCAUUUUAUUGAAAUUAAAUACAAAAUUUACUC